UAACGCCCCCUCCCUCUCUUUCCUCUUCUUUUGUCGCUGGUCCAAGCGAGUCGCGUGAAGACGGUGCGGGUCUGCCCCCACGCCGAAUCGCUCCUCCAUCGCCUCCGAUCGCUCUCUUAGCUUCAUCCGUUUCUCUUCGUUGUCGAAUUAGUUGUCUCUGUAGGAAUGUAGGAAGAAUGUAGUAAUUGCAGCAGUUGCUGGAUGAUGGAGAGUUGUGACUGCUUGGAGCCACAAUGGCCCGCCGAUGAGCUUCUAAUUAAAUAUCAGUACAUAUCGGAUUUCUUCAUAGCCCUUGCGUAUUUCUCUAUUCCACUUGAGCUCAUUUAUUUUGUGAAGAAGUCUUCCUUCUUUCCAUAUAGAUGGGUUCUGGUUCAGUUUGGUGCUUUUAUUGUUCUUUGUGGAGCAACCCAUCUCAUAAACUUGUGGACUUUCACAGUGCACUCAAAAACUGUUGCCAUUGUUAUGACUGUUGCAAAAGUUUCAACUGCUGUUGUGUCCUGUGUGACAGCUCUAAUGCUUGUUCAUAUCAUUCCUGAUUUGCUGAGUGUAAAGACAAGAGAGCUAUUUUUGAGGAGUAAAGCUGAAGAACUGGAUAGAGAAAUGGGCUUGAUACGGACACAGGAAGAAACAGGAAGACACGUUAGAAUGCUUACGCAUGAAAUCAGAAGCACACUUGAUAGACAUACGAUAUUAAUGACUACCCUUGUGGAGCUGGGGAGGACUUUGGGUUUGGAGGAAUGUGCACUCUGGAUGCCAUCACGUAGUGGUUCAAAUCUUCAGCUUUCUCAUACCCUGCGGUACAAGAUUACAGUUGGGUCAACUGUGCCGAUUAAUCAUCCUAUAGUCAAUGAAGUUUUUAGUUGCAGUCAUGCAAAAAUAAUUCCACACACAUGCCCAUUGGCAAGGAUUCGGCCUCUUUCAGGAAGAUAUGUGUCACCAGAGGUGGCUGCAGUGAGAGUUCCUCUUUUGCAUCUUUCAAAUUUCCAAAUUAAUGAUUGGCCAGAGCUUUCUGCAAAAUGUUAUGCUGUGAUGGUUUUGAUGCUCCCAUCAGAUAGUGCAAGAAAAUGGCACAUUCAUGAAAUGGAGCUUGUUGAAGUGGUUGCUGAUCAGGUAGCAGUAGCACUUUCACAUGCUGCUAUUCUGGAAGAAUCUAUGCGGGCCCGUGAUUUACUUAUGGAGCAAAAUAUUGCCCUAGAUUUGGCUCGGCGGGAGGCAGAAAUGGCCAUACGUGCUCGCAAUGAUUUUCUAGCAGUCAUGAACCAUGAAAUGCAAACUCCAAUGCAAGCAAUUAUUGCUCUUUCUUCCCUGCUUCUUGAAACUGAAUUAACUCCUGAACAACGAUUGAUGAUAGAAACCAUAUUGAAGAGUAGCAACCUUCUAGCUACACUCAUCAACAAUGUUUUUGAUCUGUCUAAACUUGAGGAUGGUAGCCUUGAGUUAGAGGUUGGAGCUUUCAAUCUUCAUGCAGUUUUUAGAGAGGUCAUGAAUUUGAUAAAGCCAAUUGCAGCUGUGAAGAAAUUGUCAGUGUCAGUGAUGUUGGCACCAGACUUGCCAUUGUGUGCCAUUGGUGAUGAAAAACGGCUGAUGCAGACUAUCUUAAAUAUUGCUGGUAAUGCUGUUAAAUUUACAAAGGAGGGCCGCAUUUCACUUACAGCUUCAGUUGGCAAGCCAGAGUAUUUGAGGGACAUUCCUGACUUCUGUCCAGUCCCCAGUGAUGGGCAUUUUUACCUGAAAGUUCAGGUUAAUAUAUAUCCCAUACUCCAUGAACCUCUUGAGAUCAAAAGUUUCCACUGUGACACGAUAUUACAUACGCAUAAUGACUGCAUCUUCAUCUUGACAGACAUUUUGGUGCAUGAGCUACUUGCAAUAACAAUUCUUAAAAUCAAGUGGCAAUCUUCUAUACUGCAGGUUAAGGAUACUGGUUGCGGAAUCAGUCCUCAAGACAAAGCACAUUUAUUUACCAAAUUUGCGCAGGCUCAAAGUGGAAAAAACCAAGGUUAUAGCGGCAGUGGACUUGGGCUUGCCAUUUGUAAGAGGUUUGUUAGUCUCAUGGAAGGACACAUCUGGCUUGAAAGUGAAGGUGCUGGAAAGGGUUGUACAGCGACGUUCAUUGUGAAGCUUGGGACGUGUGAAAAUCCUAUUGGAUAUCAGCAACAAACUGUGCCUAAAGCAAGGCUAAAUCAUAGAGAGGCAGAUCUUUCGGGCCCAAGAGCACUGUCAAAAGAUGAGAAAGGACUGGCUCGAUACCAAAAAAGUGUAUAGAUGCUUUGAAAGUCUGGUGAGUCAUACCAAUUUUGAUAUAAUUCCAGGUGUAAAACCUGAUAUUUCCGAUGCUUUCAGGUGGCACAUUUUGUUGCCCGAAUGAGAAAAUUCAGUAGCUCUUGCGGCAGGGAAGGUAGCAGUGUAGAGGUGCUGGUUCCAACGCUGACUGGCUUGGAGGUAUUUAUACUGGAAGCACUGCAUACAAACAUCCUUCUAUCUGCUUGAUUGAAGCUUGCUAUAGUAAUAUAUUUGAACUUUUUAGUGAAAUUUGGUGCAUUUUGAUAUAAACUUUAUUUGUAAGGAAAAGUGUGAUGGAAAUCGUCUCCACCAGUCGUUAAGCAUUGUAUAUUAACCCCUGUUUAUCCGCUUGAUUGAAGUCUUCUAAGAUGAUAAACUUUUUAUUGAUAAUUGGUGCACAUUUUUUAAGCCUUAA